AUGAAUUUGCCGAAGAAUAUGAAUGACGUUGGCUCCACCAGUCCAAUUAUUGAACUAUUCGGGAGUAUAAAUGGUGCAGAUCUGCUAAAGACACAUAUAACUGGAGUCAUCAACCACGGCCAUGGUGGUUUUCACACUUAUGUUGAUGUUAACGAGUACCCAAACCUUACCAUCAAUAUUAUACUGAAGACCCUUAAGAGAACUGCACAAAUGCAUGAAAACACUCUACCUCCUGUAUGCUAUAUCCAAGCAGAUAACUGCGCUCGUGAGAAUAAAAAUAGAUAUGUUUUAGCUUUCUGUGAGCUGUUGGUAGCAGAAAAAAUAUUUAAUGAGGUUCAUCUGUCUUUCUUAUAUGUUGGAAAUACACAUGAAGAUGUCGAUGCAGCGUUCAGUAAAAUUUCGGAGAAACUAAGAACUACAGAUGCAGAGACAUUGGAUGGCCUAAUUGCCCUGCUUCCAAAACCUGAGGAAAUUCUACACAUGUUUGAUGUGAAGAACUGGCUAGCUCCUCAUAUUGCUGAUAUUGAAAAACAUUUAGAGCCGUUACACAUUAAAUUUGUAAAGAAAAAUGAAGAAGUUCAAGUGUUUUUUAAAGGACAAAAUAUUGAUCCAGGGUGUGAACUUAAUGGGAAUAUUCUUACUUCAAUUCCAAAUGGACAGCCCACAACAAUAAAACCAGAUCAUAGCCAUAUCAAUAUUGAAAGACAAUCAAAGCAAAUAGAAUGUUUACAUUCAUUGUUUAGGAAACCGGGAACAGUAUCAAAGUGGGAGAGGUUUUUUUAUAGUUCUGCAAACAACUGGAAGAAUUUCCGCAGCAAAUCAACCUUGGUUUCUAGACUGUUUACCAAGGCAGUCACAGAAUGUCAACUCUGA